AUGGGUGUUAUUGUAAAUACAGAACAAGAAUUGGUUGAUAUAAAAAAUAAUAAACUUGUUGUAAAAGUUGGAACAAUGCCAUCUAUCAAACUUCAUAUUCAUAUUAAUUUUUUUCCUGUUCUCUUUAUGAUAACUGAUAUUCUAAUAUCUCAAGUUGUAAAUUCAACAUCUGUAGCAGUACUAAUAACAAAUCCAUUAUCAAUAAUUGCAUAUGAAGCAAGAAAAAGUGCUAUAUUUAGUAUUAAUAAUGAAUGUACUACAUUACUAUUUAAAGUAGCAGAAGAAAGAACUAUGAACUUAACUGUAACCAUGUCAGCACAUGUUUUCACAUCAGUUUCCUUGUUUUCUCUUGGUGCUACAUACAAAAUCUAUAAAAAUGAUUAUUUACUUUUUGAAAAAACAGAACUUAUUGAUAAGUUAGAAUUUCCUAUCAUAACAUCGGAAACAUUGGUACCAAUAACAACAGCUACUAAUUAUACUAUUACUGCAACUAUCUUUGGACCAAUACCUGGUUUUUCUUCUGGUGGAACUUUAUUUGAAGGUGUAACAUACUCACGAUUAGUUCCAGGCACUAAUAAUAAUGUUAAAAUAUCAAUGAUUUAUACAGGAACAACAAUUCUUGGUAAAGUUCAACAAACACCACUUAAUCAAAGUACAUGGCCAUUGGCAGGUAAAAAUCUAGUUUUUGCUAUAGCUGAUCAAACAUCUGGUCUUGAUGAAUCUGAUCAAUUUAUAAUCUUUGAUCAGACAUUUCCAAUACAUUUCACAUUACUUGCUAUUAAAUCAAUUAAUCAAAGUCAUCAAAAUGUUUUAUUCACUGUUACAAUAACAAAUCAUGAUGGUACUGUUUUAUGGGCAGCAGCUACAGAAAAUAAUCAAAUAAUUUAUGGACAAUUAAAUAGGCUCAAUAUUAAUGUAACAAUUACUGCUGGUUAUACAUGUCGAUCACCAGGACAAGGCUGGUGUUCUUCUUUGUCUUCUAAUAAUCUAAAUACCAUAUGUUGUUCUCAGUAUAAAUGUUCUGGAGAAUGUAAAUUACCAUGGUAA